AUGCUUCUUGAAGCAUCUGCUAAUAAAGAGAAGAACCUCAUUUCUCGUGGCGAUGAUAAUGUUAAAAAUGGGGAAGGAAGUUCUAGAGGCGGUGGAAGUUCUAGAGGCGGUGGAAGUUCUAGAGGUUGUGGAAACUCUAGAGGAGGUAGUGACAGUAGAGGUGGUGUUUCAAAUGACACCAAAUCGAAAAGAAAACCAACCGAUGAAGAUGGAAGUUGUAGGCCAACCAAAAGAGGUGGAUGUCGCAACGGUGAUCGUGGUGGUGUAAGUGGUGUAAGUGGUGGAAGUGGUCGCGGUGGCCAUUCUCUACUUCCUUUUCAAAACCUUUUGAGCGGUGAAGGAAUCAGCGGUGAAUGA